GUUAUACAAGUUCCAGAACCCAUAACCGGGUUCAUUGCAGUAACGUGUGCCCUGAAUAACGUACAAGUGACUUUAUAGUCCGAGCGUAUAGACUAACACGGGAACUGAUAGACUGCAGAGCCACAGAAAACAGUUACAAAUUCGUAAUUUAUUGACUUCCUUUUUCUUUUCCCGCCACCUCACGUCUAUUUGCCAAAGCCCCCAUUCAAACAGUGAAAAGCUGAACACCCUCCCUCUCCAUUGUCAUAGCAGCGAGGGGCUGGAGCCCUCUGAUUCGCUAGUGUCCUCUGAAGUCGCCUGUGAUUGGAGAGCCCUGCGCGGGAGAACGCACAGACGUUGUAUUGAAACUAGUGAUUUUUCCAGUCACAGCCAUUCCCGCGCUCUGCUCUUGUCUCUGCAGAUAUGAACUGCCUCAACGUACCCGAAAUCAUGCCAGGCUCGCCCAGCAAAGCCCGCGGCCAGAUCCAGGUGAUAUUUGGGCCAAUGUUCUCUGGGAAGAGCACCGAGCUGAUGCGCAGAGUGCGACGGUUUCAAAUUGCGCAGUACAAAUGCAUGGUUGUAAAGUAUGCAAAGGAUACGCGCUACAGCAAAGAGCAUCUGGCUACACAUGACCAAAACACAAUGGCAGCUGUAUCUGCCUGCCAGUUGCGUGAUAUUGCUGCCGAAGCUUUGACCUGCUCUGUAAUAGGAAUAGAUGAAGGACAGUUUUUUCCUGACAUUGUAGAGUUUUGUGAAGAAAUGGCAAAUCGUGGAAAGACGAUGAUUGUAGCAGCUCUGGACGGCACAUUUCAGAGGAAGGCUUUUGGAAGCAUCUUGAAUUUGGUGCCUUUGGCAGAAAGUGUGGUAAAACUCAAUUCUGUUUGUAUGGAGUGUUACCGGGAGGCUGCAUACACCAAGAGGCUAGGGGCAGAAAAGGAGGUGGAAAUUAUUGGAGGAGCUGAAAAAUAUCAAUCAGUCUGCCGCGUUUGCUUUUUCAAAAACCAGCAGCUGUCUGUAGAGAAAGAGAAUGUGCCGUCUUAUAAUGCACUGGACACCAUUCCCCUAAAGCUGAGUAACAAACUGCAAACGACGUGUUCCCCACGCAAGCCACUUGCACAACGACAAUGCUUGUAAUGGUCUGCACAGAUAAUGUUGUUAUAUUGAUUAAUGUGUAUAGUGUAUGCUUUUGUAAGUUUUAUUUUAAUUUUGUAUAUGUGCAUAACGGUGUUUACAUUAGCUUGUAAAUGGAGAUAUUUCUUCUGCUAUUUUGUUACUCAUUUACAUGUCACUUAAAGCUUUGUGUAAGGAAGCAAUCAAGUACUACAUGUUGUUCCCGGUG